AUGCCCCACUCUGCUGAUAUCCCAGAGCCUUUGAGGGACUCCAUUGCCGACUUGAACACUCGCAUUCUUCACAACCAAAGGAUUCUGUCCUCACAAAAUUCCCUGGUUUCCAAACAAGUAAAAAAAGGUGGUGCUGUUGUCUCUAAUGAUGGAGUGCAACACUCAGAGCAAUCUACUCUGAAGGAUAUGAUUAGCAAACUGAAACUGCAGCAUGCAGUCCAGCCUCCUGAAGGCUGGGAAGAGCACAUGUUUGGCCUGAGAGAUAGAAGAUGCUCCUUGACACCUUGUCCUUCCAUUGCAAACACCCCAAUGCUCCCUUCCCCUUGCCUGUGCCUGGAUGACCAAAUCCAUGAUGAGGACUCUGCAAUGGAGGAGAUGGAGGAGAAUCCCAACAACAAUGAAAAUGAGGAUGACCAGCCUUCCAGUAGCAAGAACAAGGAUGAUCAGCCAUCCAGUAGUGAGAAUGAGGAUGACCUGCUGUCUGGUAGUGAGAAAGAGGAUGACCAGCUGCCUGGUAGUGAUGAUGAUGACAAGGGUUCUGAUUACAAUGAGAAUGAGAAUGACGAUGAGAUGGAGAGCUUGAGUGACUCCUGUGAUGAUGAUGAUGCAUGCACUUGCAAUGCUCAGACUGUUUCUUGUGCCCAGUCCCCACUUCCCCUGUCCUUACCACCCACAUACAAGUCUGAUGACUCCGCCCAUCCUGUAGGGGACAUUGUCCAUCCUCACCAAGAAGGUGGCCUGAUCUAUACUAGACUUCAGAAGAAGGGCAAAGGUAGGGCUAUAGAUGCUGAGGACAUUGAUGCUGCAAACCACAGUGACCAUGACACCCAACUCCUGAACCUCAAGAAGCCAGGGAAUCUGCCCACAGCAGCAUUAGACAAAAUAUGUGCUUUUGCGAAGGACAUCAAGACAACAGCAGAAGAACUUGGCCAAUGGCACAGGUGGUCUACAUGUGACAUACUUGUCACUGCAGGAUUUAGUGUUAAGGCUUCUCAUACCAAAAUUAAUGAGGCCAACCUCUUCUGCUCAUGGUAUUGGGCCACACAGCCCAAACCAGAUGGUGGCAUCCCCAAGGAUGACUUCAUGGCAAGGAGGGAAAAGUUAAAAGCCAUCUAUGAGUGGACUAGAGUGGACAAUGCAAAGACACAAUUUUCUGGAUUGGCAGAGGUGUGGUCCAAUCUCAAGGAUAUUGAGAUAGUUGGAGCAGUAAUGUAUGUUGGACAGGACCCUGCAGGACAUCAAACUUCUGGCAUAUUUGGAGGCUCUGAGAUGAUAAGAAACUUCAUCAAUGAAAAUGGCAUUGAUGUCUGGUCACUCAUGGAUAAGUAUACCACAAUUUUCAAGUGUCUCAGGAACAGUGAUGGUGUGGAUGCCAGGGUGGCUGGCACCAGUUCCAUUGGAGAUGUGGGUUCUGUGCUGGAACUAUGUUGCCAUACAAAGGAGACUCCAAGAGACCACAACUGCAGAGUAUUUGGAAGCAUGAUGAAGGAGAAGAUGUUGGCCGCAUUGAGAGAUCUGUGUGUCACACAUAGCAUUAAAGUCAGUGAUCCCCAGAAAGUUUCCUGGUACCAGCUUCUCCAGUUUUUGUGGAGGAGCCACCUCACUAUUGUCAACUGGCCCCAUGGUGUAUCUCCACCAGGCCCUGGUUUCAAGUACAAGAAACUUAAGGCUGGCCCUCUUUGUCAACUUGUAGUACCUUGCCUUCAGAGAAAGCUGAGUCUUUUGUAUGAUGGGCAAACUGAUGAUGAGGAAGAACAAGAUAGUCUGGAUGAUGUGCUGGAAAUUGGGAUUAAGUGCUGGAAUGAAGAGGUCAUCAAUAUUUUGGAUGCUGACCCUUUGAAGGGUGAGAUCACACUCAUCAAAGCUACCAAUGGUACUGUUUUGCAGCAGAUCUCAGAUGAUCCAGAGUGGCAGAAGUCCCUCAAGGAAAUGGAUCACCAGCAGCAAGGCAUGGAGGCUUUACAGUCUGACCAUCAAACUGUGCCACACAAUCAACACUGGGAUGCAUGCCCCAUUGCACCAGAUUCACAUUGUGACCCAUCCACAAUUCCAAGCAAUGUGCACACUCACGAGCCUGGCCCAUCUGAGCCUCCCAUGCCAGCUCUGCAAUAUGGGGAUUCUUGGGGUGACCAUAUGAACUAUCGUGAUCCUGGUGCAUCUAAUAUCCCAUAUCAUGCAUUACCUUCUGGCCACCACACUCAAUUUCCUCUGUCUUGCCAAGGAUUCCAUUGCAUUCUGUCUCGAACCAACCAUCCUUACUACAAUGGUCCAUAUACCAAUGACUACUACCCUCCAACCCAGUUGGGUGAACCUCAUUGGGUUAACAGGGGUAAUGCUGCACAAUAUGAGGAUGAUUUUGCUGAGGAAUAUAUAAAUGAAGAUUACUACUAG